AGACCGCACGCAGUACCCAGGAACCCUCGGGGCAGAAUCGUCACCGGCGUCCUUCGGAGCGGAAGGAAUAUGGCGUCCGCUACUCGCAUUAUCCAAAAGCUUCGGAACUGGGCGUCUGGGCAAGACCUGCAGGCGAAGCUGCAGCUGCGCUACCAGGAGAUCGCCAAGCGAACCCAGCCACCUCCGAAGCUCCCUGUGGGCCCUAGUCACAAGCUGUCCAACAAUUACUACUGUACUCGUGAUGGCCGCCGGGGAGUUGUGCCUCCCUCAAUCAUCAUGUCCUCACAAAAGGCCCUGGUGUCGGGCAAGACAGCUGAGAGUUCUGCUGUGGCAGCCACUAAGAGGGCAGUGACACCUGCUCCUCCCAUGAAGAGGUGGGAGCUGUCAAGGGACCAGCCAUACCUGUGACCCUGAGUUGGCUACCUUGCUAUGUUUCCAGGGCCACAUGACUGCUUUUCCUCCUUGGAUUCCUUCUGGGGAGAGUGUGACCUAAUUUAUAACAAAUACAUAAAGUACCACAUUAUUUCCAAUCUGUCUUUUCUUGGUAUUUAUUGACUGGAUUUGAUCUGUUAUUACUGUAUGUGUUGGGGGUGUGAGUACAUGCUGCAGCAUGUGUGGAUGUGAGAAGAUAACUUUGGGAAUUGGUUUUCCCCUUCCACUUGUUGAGGCAGGGUCUUUUGUUUUUGGUAUCCUGUGUACUCCAGGUUAGUUGGCCCAAGAAUGUCUGCAUGAGGCUGCUGUCUUUGCCUCCCAGCCUGCUGUAGGAUUAGAUUUGAGCCACUGUGUGUCAUUUUGGGCUCUGAGGAUGGAACUUAGGUCUCAGCCUUUUAAGGCUAGCACUUUUACAUGUGAGCCAUCUUGUCAACCCACUUUUUUUUUUUAAUGGGGUUUUGCUGGGUAUUGUUGGUAUAUGCCUAUAAUCUCUGUAUUAAUAAGUUAGUAGGUGAAUAUCAUUUUUGUCCUGUGGAAUGACUCUGUAGCCCUUAGGUAGGUCAUUGGAUUCUGAAGAUAGAACUGUGGAAAACAAAUAAAAUACUAAAUUGAG